AGGAAAUCAAAAAUGAUGCAAAAGAGCAGAACGAAGGUUCCAGCUCCUCUGCCCUUCCUAUGCCAAAGACAAACACAAACUUCAUUGAAGCAGACAAAUAUUUCCUUCCAUUUGAGCUAGCAUGCCAGUCAAAAUGUCCUCGUAUCGUCAAUGCAGCCUUGGACUGUCUGCAGAAACUGAUUGCGUAUGGCCACCUGGUUGGGAAUGCUCCAGACAGUAUGACACCAGGAAAACGACUGAUUGAUCGUAUAGUUGAAACAAUAUGUGGUUGUUUCAAUGGUUCAAAUACAGACGAGGGAGUACAGCUGCAAAUAAUCAAGGCUCUAUUAACUGUGAUCACAGCCAACACAUGUGAGGUCCAUGAGGGUACAGUGCUACAAGCUGUUAGGACAUGUUACAAUAUAUACCUAGCCAGUAAGAACCUAAUCAACCAGACCACAGCCAAGGCAACCCUCACCCAGAUGCUCAAUGUCAUCUUCUCACGUAUGGAGAAUCAAGCAGUGCAGGAAGCCAAGCAGAAAGAAGAAGAGGAGCAGAGGGAAAGAAGUCACAGUCAUGACUCUGGUACUGAUACUCCCUCUCCAACUGGGGAUACUCCAGUACAGCAGAAAGAUACACAAAAUGAGCGGUCCAGUACUCCCUCCCCUAGUGAGUCAAGUCAGGGUACAAUACAAGAGACAGCCAGUCAGGGUACGGAGCCCAGCAAUGAUCAGACAGAUAACAAUAAAUCAUCAGACAAUACCAGCACUGAAGAACAAACUGAUGAAAGCAUUGCUGUUGAGGAAGUGGUCCGCAGUAUCAUAGAUGAGAUAGUUGAGAAGUCAAGUGAAGCACGUCUGGGGUCUGAAGAGAUAGUGGAAGGUGUAGAAGGCCAAGACGGCAUGGGAUCAUUCUCACAUAUUCUACAAAAAGAUGCCUUCCUCGUCUUCAGAAGUCUAUGUAAGCUCUCAAUGAAGCCACUAUCAGAAGGACCUCCAGAUCCAAAGUCACAUGAGCUCAGGUCCAAGGUGCUCUCCCUCCAGCUCCUGCUCUCCAUUCUACAGAAUGCAGGCCCUGUAUUCAGAGGGAGUGACAUGUUCAUAGAUGCCAUCAAGCAGUACCUCUGCGUGGCACUAUCUAAGAAUGGGGUUUCUGCAGUCCCUGAAGUGUUUGAACUGUCCUUAGCAAUAUUUCUAACACUUUUGUCUAUAUUCAAACAGCACUUGAAAAUGCAGAUUGAGGUGUUCUUCAAAGAGAUAUUCCUGUACAUCUUAGAAACGCCAACAAGUUCCUUUGAGCACAAGUGGAUGGUGAUCCAAGCCCUGACUCGCAUCACAGCAGAUGCCCAGUGUGUAGUGGACAUCUACUUGAACUAUGACUGUGAUAUAGCACUAGCCAAUAUAUUUGAGCGCUUGGUAGGGGAUCUAUCUAAAAUAGCACAGGGAAGACAUGCCAUGGAGCUAGGUGCUACCCCAAACCAGGAGAAGCAGAUGAGGCUAAAGGGACUGGAAUGUUUAGUGUCUGUGCUGAAAUGUAUGGUAGAAUGGAGUAAAGAUUUAUACAUCAAUCCACACUCUCAGUCUAACCUGGGCCAGGAGAACAUUCCACAGACCAGAGAAGCCGAUUCUGACUCGGGCAAAGGUACAAUUACAAGCUAUGGGAGUGUGAACUCACUUAGUUCUGGCAACUCCACCACAAAUGCAUCAACUCCCUCCUUACAGACAGAUAAUCCUGAACAUUUUGAGGUGCUGAAGCAGCAGAAAGAAAUAAUGGAGAAUGGCAUUGAAAUGUUUAAUAAAAAACCUAAAAAGGGCAUAACGUACCUGCAGGAGCAAGGCAUGCUGGGAACUACUGCAGAAGAUAUUGCGGAAUUCUUCCACGAUGAAGAGAGGCUUGAUAAGACAACAAUUGGAGAUUUCCUCGGUGAAAAUGAUAAAUUUAACAAAGAGACAAUGUACCAUUACAUAGAUCAAAUUGACUUUAAGGAAUUAGAUUUUGUAUCUGCGGUCAGGACAUUUCUAGAAGGAUUUAGACUUCCUGGAGAGUCACAAAAAAUAGAUAGAUUGAUGGAAAAGUUUGCCUCUAGAUACUAUGAGUGUAAUCCACAUGAUGGUACAUUUGCCAGUGCAGAUGCAGCAUAUGUGUUGGCAUUCUCUGUAAUUAUGUUAGCAACAGACCUUCAUAGUAGCUCAAUCAAGAAUAAGAUGACCAAGGAGCAGUAUAUCAGAAUGAAUCGUGGGAUCAAUGACAGCAAAGACCUUCCUGAGGAGUAUUUGUCAGGAAUAUAUGAUGAGGUUGCGGAAUCAGAAAUAAAACUUAAACCAAGUUCAUCGGGGAAACCAGGAAAAUCAAAUACAACUGUUACCAGUGAAAAACACAGAAGGAUUCUAUAUAAUAUGGAAAUGGAGUCUAUGGCAACUACAGCUAAAGCUUUGAUGGAGGGAGUCAGUCAUGUACAGUCAAGCUUCACUCUUGCAACCCACCUAGAGCAUGUCAGGCCAAUGUUUAAGAUGGCAUGGACACCAUUCCUGGCAGCUUUCAGUAUAGGCCUUCAGGACUGUGACGACCACCAGAUAGCAUCCCUGUGUCUGGAUGGCAUUAGAUGUGCAAUCAGGAUUGCAUGUAUAUUUCAUAUGCAGCUUGAGAGAGAUGCAUAUGUUCAGGCUCUAGCUAGGUUCACUCUACUCACUGCAACCUCUCCAAUCACAGAAAUGAAGUCCAAGAACAUUGACUGUAUAAAGACCCUCAUCUCAGUGGCCCACACUGAUGGCAACUACCUGGGCAAGUCUUGGUUAGAGAUACUUAAGUGUAUAUCUCAAUUAGAGCUGGCCCAACUGAUAGGUACUGGGGUGAAAUCUAGCUACAUCAAGGGUGGCAAUAAAAAUAGUCAUUCACCUGGUCAUCCUAUUGAGUCAUUUGACCCAGAUGCUAUAGUGCGUGGUAAACUUGACAGUCGUAUGAUGGCCAGUAUCCAGGAAUCUAUGGGGGAGACUAGCUCUCAGAGUGUUGUAGUAGCUGUAGAUAGAAUCUUCACAGGAUCAGUCAAACUGGAUGGUGAAGCAAUAGUUGAGUUUGUCCGUGCCUUGUGUAUGGUCUCCCUGGAGGAGCUGGCCCACAGCAGCCACCCCAGGAUGUUCAGCUUACAGAAAAUAGUUGAGAUAUCCUACUACAACAUGGGUCGUAUCAGGCUUCAGUGGUCUAGGAUAUGGCAAGUCCUUGGUGAACAUUUUAACAAAGUUGGCUGCAACCCCAGUGAGGACAUCGCAUUCUUUGCUGUAGACAGCCUGAGGCAGCUCUCAAUGAAGUUCCUGGAGAAGGGAGAAUUCGCAAACUUCCGUUUCCAGAAAGACUUCUUAAGACCAUUUGAACAUAUAGUCAAGAAAAAUAGGUCCCCUACCAUUCGCGAUAUGGUGGUACGUUGUGUUGCUCAGAUGGUACAUUCGCAGGCAGGGAACAUCCGCUCUGGAUGGAAAAACAUCUUUAGUGUGUUCCAUUUAGCAGCCUCAGACAAUGAUGAAGGCAUCGUUGAACUAGCUUUCCAAACAACUGGAAAAAUUACAACUACCAUUUUUGACAAGUAUUUCACAUCAACAAUAGAUUCAUUCCAAGAUGCAGUAAAGUGUCUCUCUGAGUUUGCAUGUAAUGCAGCGUUCCCAGACACAAGUAUGGAAGCCAUCAGGCUAAUCAGAAACUGCGCUAAAUAUGUGGCAGAAAGACCCCAGAUGUUCAAAGAGCACGGUGGGGAUGACUUGAAUGUACCUGAAGAAGACAGAGUCUGGGUGAGGGGAUGGUUCCCUGUAUUGUUUGAACUCUCGUGUGUCAUCAACAGAUGUAAACUGGAUGUACGCACAAGGGGUCUGACUGUGAUGUUUGAAAUCAUGAAAACAUAUGGUGACACAUAUGCACAGAACUGGUGGCGCGACCUAUUCAGGAUUAUAUUCCGAAUAUUUGACAACAUGAAACUUCCCGAACAACAGCAUGAGAAAACUGAGUGGAUGACCACCACAUGUAACCAUGCCCUCUAUGCAAUAGUAGAUGUUUUCACACAGUUCUAUGAGAUACUGCAGCCAAUAUUACUGAAAGAGCUUUAUGAUCAACUACAAUGGUGUGUAAAACAAGACAAUGAGCAGUUAGCCAGGUCAGGGACUAACUGUUUAGAGAACCUUGUGAUCUCAAAUGGCAUGAAAUAUUCCAAUGAAGUAUGGAAUAGAACCUGCCAGUGUAUGCUGGACAUAUUCAAAUCAACCAUUCCAACAAGUCUGCUAACCUGGAGGCCUGAACUAAAGGAAUCUGGGGACACGAUUCACACACCACGAACUCGUCAUCUCUCAGAUACGGAGGGUGCAACUGAUGAUCAUGACAACAAAUCUUUGUCAUCUUUGGACAACCAUUCUGGUGAGAUGAAAGGCAAUUUAAAGAGAGGAGACAGUGUGCACAGUAUUAACAGUACAGCUUCUGUAGACUCUAGGGGAGAGCAUAAGAUACCUAGAACAAAGGUUCCACCUGAGCAGAAGCUGUUCCAAUCUUUAUUGAUCAAGUGUGUGGUCCAGCUAGAACUUAUACAAACCAUAGAUGACAUUGUAUUCUUCCCUACCACCAGUAAGAAGGAAGAUGCUGAGAAUCUGGCAGCUGCUAAGGGGGAUGAUGUAAAUGACUCUAGUCAGCAGAUAGAGGACCAUGGCAUGUACCAAUAUUUGGCCUCUAACCAACUGUUCUUGCUAUUAGACUGUCUCUUAGAAUCACACAAGUUUGCCAGAGCUUUCAACUCAAACCAUGAACAGAGAAAUGUACUAUGGAAAGCCGGUUUCAAAGGCAAGGCAAAGCCCAACCUUCUAAAGCAAGAGACUCAGAGUCUGGCCUGCUCAUUACGAAUCCUGUUCCGCAUGUAUACUGAUGAUAGACGGAUAGACGCCUGGCCACAAGUGCAAUCUAGACUUAUUACUGUUUGUCGAGAGGCAUUAGAAUAUUUUCUGUCCCUGCAGUCAGACAGUCAUAGAGAGGCAUGGAGCAGUCUCUUGUUGCUCUUUCUAACCAAGGUCCUCAAGAUGAAUGAAGAAAGGUUCCGUGCCCAUGCUGCAGUCUACUACCCCUUCCUCUGUGAUAUACUCAUGUUUGACUUGAAAUCAGAACUCAGAUCAGUAGUUAGGAAAUUUUUCACUCGUAUAGGACCUUCAUUUGGAAUCGUCAAAUCAAGCUAAUAUUUAUUAUGACUACCAGAAGGUAAAGGAAUAUAAAACCAAAUCACAUGGAUACUGGAGGACUUCAAUCGAUACUACCAUAUAAGUCAGUUAUCUGCUUUUUGGGGCUAGCUGAUACAAACUGGUUCUAAAGAUGCCCUGAGACAAUAUGUACUUCCAAUAGGAUUAUUUUAGUCAUACUAAUAUACAAUGUACAUGUACAAUGUUUACAGAACUCUGGAAUAAUCAGUGGCAUUGAACCGAAUGACACGAUAAAUGGAUGUAUUCAGAAACACAAGGUGAAUUCUUUGGAUAGACCAUAUAUCAACUGGUGUACAAAUCAUAAAAAUGCAUAUAUUGUACCAGAAAUGCACAUUACAUGUACAGUGCAUACAGAAAUGCACAAAUGAUUUCCAGAAUUACCUGUGUGUAAUAAAUGAG